GCAAACCUGUGCAGUCGCACGUCUGGAAGACACAACAGGCACACUGAAGGACUUAUUGUGGACGAGUCAAAAUGAAAAGGAAUCACGACUUUAGCUCCUCGGACAGCGAGCUGGAUGAGACUAUUGAAGUGGAGAAGGAGAGCGCGGAUGAGAAUGGGAACAUGAGCUCUCCUCUCGGCUCCAUGUCUCCCACAACAUCCACUCAGGUGCAGGCGAGAAAAAGGCGUCGAGGAAUAAUUGAGAAACGGCGCCGUGACAGAAUCAACAACAGCCUCAGUGAGCUCCGCAGGCUGGUCCCCAGCGCCUUUGAGAAACAGGGCUCAGCCAAACUGGAGAAAGCAGAGAUUUUGCAGAUGACUGUUGAUCAUCUGAAGAUGCUUCAUGCUGCAGGAGGAAAAGGUUAUUUUGACGCUCAUGCCCUGGCGAUGGACUACCGUGGUUUGGGUUUCAGGGAGUGCCUGGCUGAGACGGCUCGCUAUCUGAGCAUAAUCGAAGGCUUGGAUGGCACCGACCCUCUGCGGAUCCGCCUGGUCUCCCACCUCAACAACUACGCCAGUCAAAGAGAGGCUCACUCUGGCCUGAGUCACCUGGCGUGGGGCUCUGCGUUUGGAUCCCCUCCCGCCCACCUGACGCACCCCCUCCUCCUGCAGCACCAACAGGGGGCACCGCUGGCACCUUUACCCCGCAGCACCACCAGCAGCCCUCAAACUCCUCUAUCAUCCACAUCCACCUCUUCCGCCUCCUGUUCUUCUUCAUCCUCAUCAGCUGCAGAGACUCACGUCCCAGGCAGGCGGAGCGGCAGUGCCACCCCUCACUCGGACCAAGGCCCGAUCCGGGUGCCCCCCACCAGUGCGACUCCCACCACCGUCCCACACCCUGCCUUGGUCUCCUCAUCGGCAUCCAAGCUGUCCUCUCCUCUCCUCUCCUCCCUUUCGGCGUUCCCCUUCCCCUUCAGCGCCUUCCCCAUCAUCUCCCCCACCACCACCCUCAGUGCCCCGGUCCCCACAUCCAGUGUGGGCAAACCCUACAGACCCUGGGGAAUGGAGAUAGGAGCUUUCUGACUGAGAUGAAAACACCACAAUCCACAUAUAGACUCACCACCCAGCUGAGCUGGACUUUCAAGGACAAGACUUUUUAUUUUCCCAGCUAAGAAAGUACUAUUUUUUCUAUGAUGUUGCAGAGGAUACACCUAGCUGUAGGAUUUUUAUUUUCUUGCUGAUGUAUUGUGUUUUGUAUAGAAGAGAAAAACAGCGAGGAGGGAGACCACGACUAAAAAGCAACAAGAGUGAUUUAUUGUGAUUGAUCUCUGUUCCUGCCCACCCCCUUUUAGAAGUUUCACCCACUGUUGUCAGCCUAUCAGGAAUGGCUUUUCCAGAUGGUCAAGCAGUCGCCGCCCGUCAAGUUCCUGGGCGAAAGUGUCCCCCCCUUUGUUUCCCUCUGAGCUGAAACACUCAGUGUUGGUGCCCUGGUUGCAUACUGAGAGGGGGUGUGAGUGAGGGGCUUGAGGUGCUUCAGAGUCACCCCCUUUUUACAGCAUUUUAUGGGGUGGAAUAACCGAAACCAGGUGUUUGUUUGACUAAAAACUGGGAACAGAAGUUAGCUACCAGCUUGGUUGAAAUAAACAUGAUUUACCCACAACCUCUGAUGUUCAUAUGGCGCUCCAUUGUUCAAACUUGCUCCCCUACUUCCUCGCUACAGUAAAUUUUGUCUUGAGGCUUCACAUAUGUUUUACCACUUUCCACCAGCUGUUCUAUUUUUUUUUUUUUAAUUCUCAUGUAACUUAUGCUUGAGUGAGUUUUAUCACCUUGUCUACAAGUUAUGCUCUUGUACGUAUUCAAAGUAGCAUUAUAAUUAUCAGGAAGGAGCUUAUUUGUAUUUGUCACAGUUAAACAAGGCAUUACAACCCUGCUUUCCGUCUGAUAUUUUGGUGUCUCCUGGUGCACCUCACUGUGAGUUUGUAUAUUUUAUGGUUGUACAAAGCACAAGCAAGCACUGACAAAUCAGAUUUCUCAGCUUUUCAAAGUUGUUGCUGGUGGUAAUAACAACUUCCCUGUAAUAAAAGAGUUCUGUUAAAUCACC